AUGGGGGGCGUCCGUGAAAAGAAAGCUGAAUACUUUGCCAAGCUAAGAGAAUACUUGGAAGAAUACAAGUCUGUCUUCGUUGUUGGUGUUGACAAUGUGUCUUCCCAACAAAUGCACGAAGUCAGAAAGAACUUGAGAGGCAGAGCUGUUGUCUUGAUGGGUAAGAACACCAUGGUCAGAAGAGCUGUCAGAGGUUUCAUCUCUGACUUCCCAGACUACGAAAAGUUGUUGCCUUUCGUCAAGGGUAACGUUGGUUUCAUCUUCACCAACGAUUCCUUGCAAGAUAUCAAGGAAGUCAUCAUCGCCAACAAGGUUGCCGCUCCAGCCAGAGCUGGUGCUGUUGCCCCAGAAGAUAUCUGGGUUCUCGCCGUCAACACCGGUAUGGAACCAGGUAAGACUUCUUUCUUCCAAGCUUUGGGUGUUCCAACCAAGAUUGCCAGAGGUACCAUUGAAAUUGUCUCUGACGUUAAGGUCGUUGACGCUGGUAAGAGAGUCGGUGCUUCUGAAGCUUCUUUGUUGAACUUGUUGAACAUUUCUCCAUUCACCUACGGUUUGACCGUCGUUCAAGUUUACGACAACGGUCAAGUCUUCCCAGCUUCCAUCUUGGAUAUCACUGACGAUGAAUUGAUCUCUCACUUCAUCUCUGCUGUCAACACCAUUGCUUGUGUUUCCUUGGCUGCUGGUUACCCAACCUUGCCAUCUGUCGGUCACUCUUUGAUCAACAACUACAAGGACUUGUUGGCUGUCGCUAUCGCUGCUGACUACAUCUACCCAGAAAUUGAAGAAUUGAAGGACAGAAUUGAGAACCCAGAUGCUUACGCUUCUGCUGCCCCAGUUGCUGCUGCUUCCGGCUCUUCCGAAGCUGCUGCUGAAGAAGCUCCAGCUGAAGAAGAAGAAGAAUCUGAUGACGACAUGGGUUUCGGUUUGUUCGAUUAA